CGUGGGCGAAGAGAGUCAUGUGUUCGGCAAGAUGGCUUCCUUGCUGAGUAGCCAGGCUUCCCGGUUCAAGCCGCUGACAAACGUAAUUUGGCUUCAGCACCUGGCUCACUGGCUAUCGCGAGAGAGUUCCGAGACCAAGACUGCGCUCGUGCCAUGGCUGCGCGUGCUCACCGUCGCCACGUCAGUCCAGGACGUGACCGAGGAGACCGCCGAUGUCACCGCCAAUGUCGCCGCCGGCCACCGCCCGCUGCAACUUAUGCGCCGUCGCCCCAAGCGGCCCAAGCAGAACGCCCUGAAACCGGCCGACAAAUCGGGCGGAACCGACCACCCCUCUGCCACCGGGUCAUCUCAGCAAAGGCAGUCCAGCGGUACCGACGGCCUUUCAUAGCGCUCAACAGGAUGAUAC